GCGAAUUGUUUAACUCCGAAUGUAAAUAUUUAGACUUGCACUACUCAAAUGUGUGUUGAAAUUAAUUAAGCUUAUUAGCAAAGUAGCAAAGUAGCAAAGUAACAAAGUAGCAAAAUAGCAAAGACGUUUGAAACGCGCGGUAUUAUUUGUUGUUAUUUGUUGUUGUACAUGUCGAAGUAUAUAAUUGCAUUGUGUGUAAAUAAUAUAGUGUGGAUAGUUAAAUGACGUGGAAGAAGACGAAGUUUCUGAACUUGUAUAGCUAAGUCGACUUUGUUGUAAAUUCAAAAGUGUUGUAAUUUAAAUCAUGGUUAAAAUUGAUAGAGUUAAAGACGAUAAAAGACUACCUAAUCAAAGCCAUCAAACAUCACUUGCAUUCCUUGAGGAAUCUUCCGCUCAGGUCGAGGAUUUUAAGCACGCGUUACUUGUAAAAAUGGCACGAACACCUCAUCUCAAAUCGAGUUUUUCAAUCAAUUCAAUCCUACCAGAAACAGUCGAGGAUCAUGAAGAAGAGAACUACGGCGUUAACACAACACACGAAAGAAACUGCAAUUCGCCGCUGGGCUCAGAAGAUCACGACAUAACUGAUGUGGACUCCGAUCUCGAUGUGACGAGCAUGUCGCCGACGCCUUUCAGAGAAUGUGUGGACUUGAGUUUUCGAAAUGAUAAUAAAAUAAACGCACAAAAACAACUGCAACAACAUAAUGGAGAAGAUGAUGAGGAGUUGGAGAGUGAAUUGGAUGGUGGCGAUGAUGGCGUUGAUGAUGCCGAUAUUGAGGCUGAGGACGUGGACGAAGAAGGUGAAAUCGAUGCAGAAAUGAUAACUGAAAAAACGAAUGGCAAGCCCGUUGUCGAUAAGAAGGGUAACGAAAAACCUCCAUACAGUUAUAAUGCAUUGAUUAUGAUGGCCAUUAGGCAAAGUCAGGAAAAACGCUUAACGCUAAAUGGCAUAUAUGAAUUUAUAAUGACAAAUUUUCCUUAUUAUCGUGACAAUAAACAAGGCUGGCAAAAUUCCAUUAGACACAAUCUCAGUUUGAAUAAAUGUUUUGUUAAAGUACCGCGUCACUACGAUGAUCCCGGUAAAGGUAAUUAUUGGAUGCUCGAUCCGUCGGCAGAAGAUGUAUUCAUCGGCGGCUCAACAGGAAAGUUACGACGACGUACAACCGCUGCUUCACGUUCACGUUUAGCUGCUUUUAAACGUUCGCUAAUUGGUCCCAUAUUUCCCGGUUUGAGCUAUCCACAAUUUGGACAAUUUCUUUAUCCGCAACAAACACCCGCAGCAACUACCCCACCACCAGCACCUGGCCUCUUGGCAAGCAUGUAUGGUCGUUAUAGUCCAUAUGUGCCAAAAAAUCCACACUCCUUACCAAUGCCAAUCACAUUUCCAACACCUUCAUUCUUCGGUAAUAUACCACACCAAAGUCACACCACACCAACAUCAACGGAACUGUAUCAGCGCCUACAUUAUCAACAACUCUUGCAUCAUCAUCUGACACAGCAUCGACAACAACAUCUCAUAGCCAACAAUCAACUUACGAACCAAAUUCCCCAGAUACCAACCACACAACAGCCACUGCAAGUCAUGACGCAUCUGGGCCAGCUACCUUCUCCAAGCCAACAGCUAUCGCCGACGGCGGCCGCAACAUCGAUACUCACACCAAUCACGAUGGUCUCGCGCAAUAGCUGAGAACGAACUUAUUUCCUCACAGAUCCGGCACCAAGGGGCUUACCUAUGUAUAUCUAAUUUUAAGUUAUGCAAACUGAGAAACUGAUAACGAGCAAGUAUCUAAACAGACUCUCUUCUUGGGCCAAGGAUACAUUAGAAAACAAAAACGCUUCAAUAUGUCUUGCUCCCAAGUAUCUUCAAGUACUUGGAAAACCUACUUAAUCGCACUGCAUACGAACUCCGAAAAGAAGCGUAACAAAGGUUUCGAUCACCAAUCACCAAUCAACAAGCAAACGACGCGAUGCGUCCUCUCAGAUACGAAACCCGUCAGAUACUUCAGAUACUUUGUGUAAGAAUAAAGCAAAAGUAGAGUACGUAAAUUCAUUUUUUUAUUUGUCAUCGCUGUACAUAUAUAUUAAACAUGAAAUCCUAAACUAUUUAGAUAUUUCAAUAUAACGAAAAUUACUAUAAUUAAUUAAUUAAUUAUAAAAAUCAUUAAUUAUUAAUACAAUUAUUAUUUUAUUAGUCCUUAUUUA